GAGCAAAACGGCUGUUGGAUAUUGAGAAAGUGGCUUUGAUUGUCAGGUUUAUCGGAGAGGGGAAAUCAUUUAAUUUGAAUUUGUUGCUUAACAAAGUAGCUGUAGUAGUUAUUUAUAGACUGACGUCAUUUCCACAGGUCGAGAUUGUGUCGCUCGUGAGCGCGUCAAGGUUAACAACAGUUGAGAGGCUCAUCUUUAUCUGUGAUCUUGUCAACAGAAAGACAUCAGCGGGAGAAGCGAGGUGCAUUGAGGCGUUCAGUUUAUGAAGGGUCCUGCACUUUCAAAGGAAAUAGCCAUGCAGUGAAAGUCAUACACAAAAAGGGACUUUUGGGAGAUAUACUAUUCACUUAUCACCUGAUACUUAUUUAACAGUCAGUUUGGAGCCAAUAAAGCUGUCAUGAGUCUGAGAUAUCUUGAUACAGAAAUGACAAUGGAAGACAGAAGCAGCCGCACCGGCGGUAGAGAAAGGCUGGGACUGAGCUUCACUAUUGACUACCUUCUGUUCAAUAAAGGAGUCAAAGGUUCGAAAGAAGGAGCGACAGGAAGUCGUACCGCAGAGCAGACGGUGAACAACAUGCUAAAUCAUCAGAAUCUUAAACCCGAAGAGGUGGGGAUUCGCUCUGAGAGACAGGAGAAGUGGCUACAGAGGUCAGAGGAAGAGACAAAAGAAAAGAAAGUCAAAGAAGAGGAGGGGGAUGAAGAGCAACAAGAGGAGGGGGAGGAGGAAGUGACCACCACCACGUCUACCAGCGGCAGUCCAGAGAAGUCUGCGGACAAACCCAACCAGUCGUACAUAGUGCUCAUCUCCAAGGCAAUCCUGGCGUCAGAGCAGAAGAAACUGCUGCUAUGUGACAUCUACCAGUGGAUCAUGGACCACUACCCUUACUUCAAGAGUAAGGAUAAAAACUGGAGGAACAGCGUGCGUCACAACUUGUCCCUGAAUGAUUGCUUCAUUAAAGCAGGCCGCAGCGACAACGGCAAAGGUCACUUCUGGGCAAUUCACCCAACAAACUACCAGGACUUUUCUAACGGGGACUACCACUGCCGAAGGCCGCGGCGGAGGGUACGCAGGGUGGCAGGACAGCUUCCCCUUUCCUCCCUUAGCUCCACCUACCACCCUGCCCUCGCCCGGCCCCACAGAACGACCUACUGGUGCUGCCCUCAAGUCCAAACACUCCCUGUGUCCUGCUUGGCACCCAGACUCUACUGGCCAUGGUCCAGCGUGCAGCCCCUGGGGUUCCACCCGGGCCUGCAUGCCUCCAUACCCUGAGAGUUAAUAGUUUACAUUAUACUCUCAGUUUGGCCCUGAAUUAUUAAUGGGUAAAAGAGAUAUUUUAGUCUUAUUUACUAAUCAAUACGUCAUUAGGUGAUGUUGAAAUUGAGGUGGACAAUGUUACAUUAUGUUCUGCAAACUAAAGUGAUUUUAGUGUGUUCAUUGAUUAAAUGCAUGAAUUGUAUGGGGCUA